GCACCACUUCCGGUUCCGCCAGUUGUCCGGGGUAACCGGCUGCGAGCGGCCGCCCGCCCGCCCAAGAGCAGAUCCCGUCCGCGGCCAAUGUCCGGGAGGCAGCGACGCCGGCCCGCUGAAGGUCAAUGAAGUAGAGCUGGGCUCUUCACUUUUAACCAUAGGGAGAGUGGUGGUAUUCCUCAACAAGCGUGCGAGAGCAGGUCCACGUGCGCAGCCCAAUCAUGAUGGAAGAGGAUAUCGAAGUGGCCAUCAAAGUGGUGGUUGUUGGCAAUGGUGCUGUUGGUAAAUCAAGCAUGAUACAGCGGUACUGCAAGGGUAUUUUCACCAAGGAUUACAAGAAAACCAUUGGGGUCGACUUUCUGGAAAGACAAAUUCAAGUUAAUGAAGAGGAUGUCAGAUUAAUGUUAUGGGAUACAGCAGGCCAGGAGGAAUUUGAUGCCAUAACAAAAGCCUAUUAUAGAGGUGCUCAGGCAUGUGUGCUGGUGUUCUCCACUACUGAUCGAGAGUCUUUCGAGGCUAUCUCAAGUUGGAAAGAGAAGGUUGAGGCUGAAGUCGGAGAUAUCCCAACUGUACUGGUACAGAAUAAAAUAGACCUCCUGGAUGAAACUGUACUUAAAAAUGAAGAAGCAGAGGGACUUGCCAAAAGGCUGAAACUUAGGUUUUAUCGGACUUCUGUGAAGGAGGAUUUGAAUGUGAAUGAAGUUUUCAAGUACCUGGCUGAGAAGUACCUUCAACGACUGAAACAGCAAAGCACUGAAGAAGAACAAGUGCACACAACAAGCAAUCGCAUAGGAGUAUUUAACACAACUGGCGCCAGUCACUCUGGCCAGAACUCAAGCACGAUAAAUGGCGGCGAGGUGAUCAGCCUUCGGCCGAACAAGCAGAGGACCAAGAAGAGCAGAAAUCUGGUGGGCCGCUGUGGGUGACUCUAGUCAUUCCCUUGCACGGCAGAGUCGAUGUUCAUUGUGUAUACAACCGUUCCGAACAGUAAGGGGGUUUUAAAUUUAGAUAUUCUGAUACUUCAAUGGCGGUUAUAAUUACGGACGAUGCAGUACUUGGCAAACCAACAACUCUGUUUGUGCGGAGGCUUUCAGAACACUUAUGGGUUGGAACUUGUUUGGAGAGGGUUGUGUUGGUUGGGGAGAGUAUUGUCCGUUUGUGAACAGGAUGGGCGUUUGCAGGCUCGUCUGAUUGCUGCAGCUUUGUAUGGAUUGCUCCAAGUCCAUAGAUUUGUUUGCAAGUUAGUCACCUGCUACCUUUUGAAAAUCAGUGUGAUCGACUUAUGUGACUUCAGCCAGACCUACGAUAAUGUCUAACAGGAGGGCAGCAAUGAAUGUAAAAGAAUUGAUUGGCAAAAGCACUAUUCAGGAGAGAGGGUAGACCUGCACCGAACCAAGGAUCACGAGUUCAACUCUCAAUGCUGCCCUUUAGGGAAUUUACCUUUUCAAAGAAAAAAAGUUGCAAUGAAUUAUGAAAAUCUAUUGUCAUUUGAACAGAUAUAACGUAAACAUUGCCAUUUGUGCUUUACAUUUGUGGUUGUUAAUUGUCGGAACUAUCUCUGAUGAUUUGUGCAAUAUUUCAGUGUUGACUGCAGCCUGGAGCAGGAUAUUUUGUUACUAGUAGAUUUUGUUUUUCAUAUUCAGAUGUUUUGAGUUGAUUAUUUGGAUAAUUUGUACAUAAAAAAAGAAUCGCCAUUUGAUAUUCGAAUGUUUGUAUUCUGUAAUUUGCUGGUUGAAUGGUUAAGACAUUUUUUUUCAUUGAAGUGUAAUCAUGUGUAUCAGUUGCGAGCGUGCAACAUUAAUAUCAUUGCCUGAAAGGACCUCCUUAUACAGAGCAGGAGGUUUGCACUAGUGCCAAGUCAGUACUGCAAUUAUCGCCCCUGCCUUUCAUUGUCCCCGCAACAACGUAUGAAAUCCCAUACCUUGUCCCCGAAUGACCUGUGGCAGGUGGCUUUAUCUAAAGUUGCUCUGCUUGCCUGCUGGAAACACUACAGUAACCCGAACUCUCUGUGUAGCCAGGGAUCUCGAGUUCACAAUUGAAUGAUAAUUGUUUCCCUGUGACUCUUAAUGGGGUUAAAUUUAAAAAAAAAGAAAAUAUGGGAAAUAAUAAACAAGUCAGGCAGCAGCUGUGGAACGAGAAACAGAUGAGAAUAUCCAACCUGAAACGUUAACUCAGUUUCUUUCUCCACAGCUGACUUUGAGUGUUUCCAGGAUUUUCUGAUUUCUAGCAUCUGCUGUUGCUGAUUUUUUUUUUUUCUUCCCCUGGGUUUGUCAUUGCAGAGUCUAGUUUAGUGGUGAAUGGAUGACGCUAGAUUGUUCAAGAGUCAAGAGUGGGAAAUGUUGUGGGGUUUUGUGAAUUUUUGCACAAUCUGAAGAUGCUCUGGACACUUGGCCUAACUCAGAUUUUGAAGAAAAAGCAGAAAGCAGAAGGUCAACAGUUCUGGCAAACCCAUGAUAUUGAAUCUCCACAGCCACACAACACUCCAGCCCACCCCCUAACCAUGCAACCUCCUGGCAGAGGCAGAAGAAACCUAGCCGGUAAUAAGAGGGGAAAAUCAUGCUCCAUUUGCUCAGUGGUCUGGGAGAUCGCACGGCCUGGUUUUUAUUUUUCAACCACCUUCGCAAGUUUGAGUAUAAUAUAGGUGGCACAGCUGGUAGAACCAUUGACACACACCUCCAACAAGCUGGGUUCCAUCUAACCUCGGGUGCUGGAUGCAUGAAAUUUGCAUGAUAUCCGUGACCUUGCAGGUUUCCUCUGGAUGCCCUUGUUUCGCCCAUAUCCCCCAGAAAAGUGGGUCUGUAGGAUAAUCGGCCGCUGUAAAUUGCCCCUCGUGUGUAGUUGAGUGGUAGAAUCUGGGGACUGUUGAUGUGAAUGACAAUAAACAAUAGGUGCAGGAGUAGGCCAUUCGGCCCUUCGAGGCAGCACAGCCAUUCACUGUGAUCAUGGCUGACCAUCCACAAUCAGUACCCCGUUCCUGCCUUCUCCCCAUAUCCCUUGACUCUGCAGAGGAAUGCAGAGAAAUAAAAAUAGGUUAGUGUAGGAUUAGCGUAAAUGGGAGGUUAAUCUUCAUUUUGGUGGGCGAAAGGGGCUGUUUCCAUGCUGUGUGAAAUCAGGCAUCUUCAAUACAGUAUGUCCCAUUCUGCUCAUUCGGGAUAAUGCCAGAGGAAUAAAAUUGGUUCUGCUUCUCCUAUUGUUCCUCUGUGGUGUUUCUGGACAGUGAUUUAGGCAAUGCAAUAAAAUCACGGUAUUCACUAACUACAUGGCCACUUGCAAGAACACAGGAAUCCAACAUUCAGAAAUCCUCCAGAAAAUUAAGAU